CUCUCAUUCUUUCUCUCUUUCAGAGUCUUUCAAGGUCUCUCUUCUUCUCCUCUCGCCUCCGAGGUCGAACCGGCUUUUCCCGUAUCGUUUCGGCAGCGUAGCUUCGACCAGACGGGCGCGACGGAAGGCUAUAAGAGCCUCCGUUUCGAUUCCGUUUGAAACCAGAGGAUCUUCUCACUUCAUUUGGGACUCUUCUUUCUUCUUUAAUCAAUUGCAUUUUCCAGUUCGAUUCUUGUUUUCUGCUUUGCAGGAUAAGUAACUCAAAAGUUGAACUCGUCUGACUUAAUUGUGUCUAUUAAGGAUCCACAAUGAUGGGAUCCUUUCUAACCAGAGGGCUGGUGAUGGUUUUUGGCUAUGCUUAUCCUGCUUAUGAAUGCUUUAAAACUGUGGAGAAGAACAAGCCAGAGAUUGAGCAGCUUCGGUUUUGGUGCCAAUACUGGAUUUUAGUUGCAGUGCUGACAGUCUUUGAGAGGGUUGGAGAUACUUUUAUAUCAUGGGUACCAAUGUACAGUGAGGCCAAAUUGGCAUUCUUCAUAUAUUUGUGGUAUCCUAAAACAAAGGGAACAUCAUAUGUGUAUGAUUCCUUCUUUAGGCCAUACGUUGCGAAGCAUGAGACUGAAAUUGAUCGUAACUUGUUGGAGUUAAGGAUUAGGGCUGGGGACAUUGCAAUUUUAUAUUGGCAAAAGGCUGCAAGCUAUGGCCAGACAAUGGUUUUUGAGAUUUUGCAGUAUGUUGCUUCACAGUCUACAGCGAGGCCUCGCCCUACACAGCAGCAGCAGCAGGGUGCUGGGGUUCGCCAAACUCCGCCUACUGCCCCAACUCGCCAGAACUCCAUAAAUAAACAGCAGCAACAGUCUCAACAGGCACUAUCACGCACUUCCAGUGCAGCUUCAGCUUCAACUUCAACUGAAGAGCAGCAUGAACCAGCAGAAGAAGCUGGACCUCCACAAGUGCCUUCUGCACCCCCUGCAGGUAUGCAACCCCAAACAGCAGCUGUGUCUGAACCUGCUGCCGAAAUAAGCGGCCAAUCAACAAAUAAAGAAGCAGAAGCAAUGCAGAUAGAGCCAGUCCAGUCCUCAGGCAAUGGGAAUGCGAAACCACAGCCACAGGAUGUGAUCAUGGACGAAGCCAUCCGGGUGACACGUGGAAGAUUGAGGAAAACACGAGCUGCAGUGAAUCGUUAGGAAGGGUCCCCUGUUAUUCUCUGCCUUCUUCUAUCUUAAGCAUUUGGUUGUAGCAAAUGUAUGGAAAAAAUGAUGAAGACAAGGUAGAGUAGGUGGGAAAAGGAUAUAUUUAGGUGGUAGGUUGCUCUGA